AUGCGCCUUGCGCCUUGGGAGUCAAACAUGAGAAUGGAGUCCGAGGGUGAUGUGGUGUGUGGAUCGACCAUCUAUCUCAAUAACCCAGUUCACAUUGCUCUGCAUGCGGCUCAGAAUCACUCUCCAGCAUGUGAUAUAAGGAGUGAGGUGACGCUGGGAACAACGUCUCGUGCUGAUAAAGGCUACUUCCAUCGCGACCACGCAUAUGCGAUCCUGGAAUAUAAGAGGCUCGGAGCUGUCUCGAGACGCUGCGCUCGUGGUGAGUUCGAGAAUGGAGUUCCCAAGGAUCCAAAACAGUUCGCCUUGUGGAUGUCGAGUGCCGAGCACAGAUUUGGAGCUCGUUUUGUGGCGCUGUUCGACUGGAAUGCUCUUGUUCUUUUGGUACUUCCACAGUGCCGAGGUGUUGGCCUUAACGACAAGGUUUCUUACGCAUACAUCACUGAGGUCACCGACAACAGGAAGUUCCGGCGAGCUCUGCUUGGGUUUCUUCUGUUUGCAUAUAGGAACAGCCUCGGUGAAUCGUCCGGAGACCCAUUAAAAGUACGGCCGGAUUGCUUUCCUACAUAUGUGCAAGCGUACAAGCGACGCGUGGCGGAAGACGAGAAGUAUAAUAAAUCUAAAAAACACGGUCCCCAAGGUCUGAGGAAUAACAACACUUCUUAUCUCGAAAUUGAGCCACAGCAGUCGUUUGGGAGAGGGAGGACGAACAACCGACAUGCGCCUGUCAUAGAGAACAAGAACACCAAACUUUCCUCCGCAAAGAGCUAUCAGAACUUACAUGCUGCGGAUGAGUACCAAAGACACGCAGCAGCCCUAGGUCUACAUGCUAGGGCCCAUUCCGAGGAUCGAGGUAGAUCCAGGCACCAGCAUGCUGAAGGUCAUAGCAAUCUGGCCACGAGUGCGACGUACACAGCAUCAAAUUCGACUCAUCCAAACACUACCGACCCGAUUGCUACCCGCAUCAACCUGCCCAUCCGCAGCCGUGGCGAGACCAAAGGCCCCAGCAGAAGGAUAAGAAAGCAACAAAGCUCAAAUUUGGCAACAAAACAUGGAGGCUCAGGUGCAACAGCCGUCAACACGCAGACUUGGGGUGCAGGUCACAUAGCAGGACGACCACGUCAAGUCCCAGUCAACACCGCUGACGAUGGUCAAUUUGGUUCAUACAUGAUGGUACCAAAGGUGAUCCGCAUCUGUUUGAAGACCAUUCGAGAGGCACAAUUUCAUGGUUUGACUUUCCAACAACCUCUAGUCACCUGA